AUGGUCGCCGCAUACGGCUUCGACAAGUACUCAUACAACUUUAGAAGCAACUUGGUAGGCCAUUUUAGCAAGCGCCGUCCUCUCGGCUUCCUAUUGCUUCCUCUCCCGGCUAUCGCGGAUACACGCACGGACCGCUCCGCCGCUGCAGCCAGUCAGACGACUGAUUUAUCCGCUCCGCUGGUUGCACUUUGCAAAGCGGCACUGUUUGGCGUCAAGAUCGGCUGCCUUAUUUCUAGGCACACCGUCGUGGGUCUACGAUACGGCCAGAAGGUAAAAGUUGCGGGUAAACUAUAA